AUGCUUGCAUCUCUUAGCAUUGAAACUGUUGCUCAGAAUAGUCGGCUUAACAACAACAGUUUGGUGGGAAAUAUUCCUAUGUCUUUAACCACGGUGAAUUCACUUCAAGUUCUUGAUCUGUCAAACAACCGUUUGACAGGACCAACUCCAGUCAAUGGCUCCUUUCAACUUUUCACUCCUAUCAGUUUUGCUAAUAAUCAGUUGGACCCUCCUCCAGUUUUGCCACCACCUCCUGCUACUCCAACACCACCAUCUUCUUCUUCAGUGGGCAACAGUGCCACUGGAGCAAUUGCUGGAGGAGUUGCUGCUGGUGCUGCUCUGCUGUUUGCCGCCCCCGCAAUUGCGCUUGCUUUGUGGCGGCGAAGGAAACCAGAGGAUCAUUUCUUUGAUGUUCCGGCCGAAGAGGAUCCAGAAGUUCAUCUAGGACAGCUCAAGAGGUUUUCUUUGCGUGAACUACAAGUUGCAACUGAUCAUUUUAGCAAUAAAAAUAUUCUUGGCAGAGGUGGGUUUGGAAAGGUUUACAAAGGCCGCUUGGCUGAUGGCUCUCUGGUGGCAGUAAAACGGCUAAAAGAGGAGCGUACUCAAGGUGGGGAGUUGCAGUUCCAAACAGAAGUAGAAAUGAUUAGCAUGGCCGUGCAUCGAAAUCUACUUCGUUUACGUGGUUUUUGCAUGACACCAACUGAACGGGUGCUUGUUUACCCUUUUAUGGUUAAUGGAAGUGUUGCAUCAUGUUUAAGAGAGCGAGGUGAAUCUCAGCCACCACUUGAUUGGUCAAUAAGGAAGCAUAUUGCACUGGGAGCUGCAAGGGGCCUUGCUUAUUUGCACGAUCAUUGUGACCCUAAGAUAAUUCACCGUGAUGUCAAAGCUGCAAACAUAUUAUUGGAUGAGGAGUUUGAAGCAGUUGUUGGGGACUUCGGACUGGCCAAACUCAUGGACUACAAGGAUACUCAUGUUACCACUGCUGUACGUGGAACUAUUGGGCAUAUUGCUCCUGAGUACCUUUCCACAGGAAAGUCUUCCGAGAAGACUGAUGUUUUCGGGUAUGGGGUCAUGCUUCUUGAACUCAUCACGGGGCAGAGGGCUUUCGACCUUGCUCGGCUUGCCAAUGAUGAUGAUGUCAUGUUGCUUGAUUGGGUAAAGGGACUUCUGAAGGAAAAGAAGUUAGAAACACUGGUCGAUGCAGAUCUUCAGGGUAAUUAUGUUGACGAAGAGGUGGAGCAGCUAAUCCAGGUAGCCCUGCUCUGCACACAGACAAACGCGAUGGAACGUCCCAAGAUGUCAGAUGUUGUCAGGAUGCUUGAAGGUGAUGGCUUGGCGGAGAGGUGGGAAGAGUGGCAGAAGGAGGAGAUGUUCCCCCAAGAGAUUAAUCACACUCACCACCCAAAUAGUGGCUGGAUAAUUGAUGAUUCCACUUCCAAUCUCCACGCUGAUGAAUUGUCUGGUCCAAGAUGA